GUCCCCCUCGCCCGCUACUACUCACGCAAACCCUCUCAAAUCAAGCCAUGUCCCAACGAAAACAUCGUAGACCUCCUCACAGACCACAUGGAGGCUGAGACCGAAAACGUCUCCCACAACGAGUUCAAAGUUCGUGCAUUUAAGAAUGCCAUCAGAGCUAUCCAGUCGCUCGACUAUCCCAUCGAGUCUGCACAGCAAAUUCGUAGCCUCAAAGGCGUCGGCUCUGGUAUCGUUAAACGGGUAGACGACUACCUCAACCAACACAAAGCCUCCCCCUCAUCCCAAAGCAAAGCCGCUGCCCGCUUGAUUAUCAAUGAGCUCCAGCAAGUGCCUGGCGUAGGCCCAACCAUGGCCAAAUCGUUAUACGACGCCGGCUGCACGUCCCUCGUGCAGAUGCACCAGCCCCAGUACAGCGCGAUGCUCAAGCCCGCCCAGCGCGCGUGCCUUCCCUACGUCUCCCACCUCACCUCGCCCGUCCCACGUGCGGAGAGCGAGGCCGUCGUCGACUUUGUACGCAGGCAUAUUCCGAGGGAGUUCGAGGUUGUCGUCGCCGGGAGCUACCGUCGCGGCGCACCCGCCUCAUCCGACAUCGACAUUCUCCUCUUCCACCCCAGCAUCACCGACAUCCCUCCGCCUCCUCCGCCCUCAAACUCAGCUCCCUCCUCCUCCCCAACAAAGCGGAAAGACCGCCAACCAAAGCCCGCCCCACCCGACCACUCAGUUGACCCCGGUCCACACCAGACAAGCAAGAGCAAGAGCACGGUCAAGCUGAACGACGUCCUCACAGAGCUGACGCGCCGCGGUCUGCUCGUCGCGACGAUGUCUUCGGGCGCACGGCGGUGGCAGGGCAUCGCGCGUGUGCCUACGCCCUCGACGACGCACGUCGAUUCUGCGAGCGGGAAGGAGACGCUGUACAAGCACAAGGACGAGGACAAGGGCGAGAACGAGGAUGAGGGGGGCAAAGGCGGGAGGGACGAUAGCGUCUACAGGCGCAUGGAUAUCACACUCUUCCCCGCGCGGGCUAAAGGCGCGGCACUUGUCGCGUGCACGGGCGACAGGGAGUUCAACGUCGACCUGCGCGCGCGCGCAUCGAGACUCGAGCUGCAUUUAAAUGAUAUGGGGCUGUGGCGCUGGGGAAAGGAGGCUACCAAUGCCGGUGCGAGCGCCAGCGAGAGCACGGAGGACGUCGAAGCAGAGUCGGAGGGAUCGUGGCGCUGGCACCUCCUCGCGAGCGAGGACGAGCGCCAGAUUCUGGCUGAGCUCGGGAUGGACUGGGUCGAGCCUGAGCGGAGGAAUUUUGUGUAUCUCGUGGAUCCGAGGAAACGCACGAGCUCGAAAAUGGGUUCAGGGUCAGGGUCAGGUUCGAGUGCGACUGCGAAGGUUUCGUCAAGGGCGGCGUCGGCGUCGGCGUUGGUGAAGAAGGGACCAAGGAGGUCAAAGAAGGCAAAGGAGGAGGUGGUGGUGGAACUAGAGUCAGGGGCGGAGACUGCUGUGAAGCGAGGGCGAGGGCGACCGAAGGAAGUCGAAGAGGACUUGCCGGAGUCGUCGGAGAGAGGGCGUGGGCGGUCAAAGGUCGUCAGCGACGGAGGGCUCGAGGGAGAGCCUCCCAGACGCACCCUGUCGGGACGCCCUAGGAAACACUCUGAUGACGAGUCUUAUUCGUUAUGAGUAGCUACGGUAUCAACGCCGCCGUGUCGUUCAUGUUGUACUCGUUGCCGCAUUAAGUAACCGGAAUGGGUGGCCCCUAUCCUGGACCACCUGAACACAAAAUAGAGAUACAACUAGUUAGAGGCCCCCAAUGCUCACGAAAAUUGAUAUCUGUGUUCUAAUAGAUGUGAAUAAGCC